UGGGGAUUAGUUCACUGGAAGUAUCUCUCAGUAAAGAACAACAACAAUUACUCACAUACAGUCAGACCCCCGGAGAGAGGCAUACAUAUAGAGAGGGAAAGGCAUUCCGGGGCCAUAGGAGGGAUUCUAUUAACAUUCAUGCAGCUGACGCUCUUUGGGAGGCAGGUGGACGUGAUGCUGAAGAGCAGAUUUGAAAGUGUGGAUACAGCAGAACAUGACCUGGCCACACUUAAUGAAAAGAAAAAAGAAUUGAACGAAUCCACUAGGCAUCCAAAUGAAUCAAGCUCUUCUGUCACCGAAACAGUAAAGAUUCCCUUGACCUCUGAACAAGUUGACAUGUCCAUGAGGCAACAGGAUGAAUCCAAGGCCCACCAAAAUAAAAAAGGUCUGCAGGAGCCCAUCUAUAAAGUCAAUGAGUUAUUCCGGGCCCACGAAAGGCAAAUCAUGCAAAAACAAAAGCAACAGUGCCAUGUUUUAAGACAGGGACUACAGAGGAUAGAAAAAAAGAUGGACUCAGUAACUGGUGCACUGACCAAAGUCCACAAAAGCAUCCUGACUCUCUCCCAAGGCAUGCUUACCUUAGCCAGGCAAACUGCUGUUAUGAACGCUGAAUUGGUGAAAACAAAUUAUCAAAUUGCUUCCACGUUCCAGCGUCUUCUCCAACUCAAAGAACUUGAACUGUCCAAAAACACAUCUUCUCAGUCCUCCACUCCAACACAGCCAAGCAAUUCCAAUAGUUCAUCUCUGCCACGAAGGUCUCGAACUAGAGGAGGAAGACGUCUUAUGACUUAGACCAGUUUUUGGAAAAGUAACUCACUAUUCACCAGCCAUAGGGGAUGUCCACUACUAUUAUUAUACUGUAUUCUAAAAUCUCUUUUCACUUGUGAGUUUGACAGCACCAUAAAAAAAAAAACUUUUAACAACUACUUUUCUAGUAACUUAUUAUAGAGUCUAUUAAAACUGUAAUUUUUUUUUAAUAUUACAGUAUACAAAUAUUGUUAAAGAAAAAUAAAUAUCUAUAGAAAACAUAACAUUUUUAAGUUUUAGCUAAUGUUCCUAAGUAAAAAUGUCUAUGUAAGAUAGACCUGUAUUAUAAAGCCUGUGUUCUUAUUAGCUUGAAACUGGGCUACCAGUACAUGAGCUUUUUUAGGCUAAGUGAAUGUAUCUAAAGUUCUUGACUAAUUAAAGCUGAUUUAAUUUUAUUUUGUUACAAUAACCAUAAUACACUGAGAUAAUAGUAAUGUACUAAAUAUCAAUACACAAACUAGCGAAUUAAUUUUUUAUAAAAUAUUUAAAUCAAAGUAGAAUUGGGUUUGGAAAAGUCAGGAUUCUAUAAAGAAUUUGUGAGUCAAUAUUUCAUCCAAAAUUCGCAGACCCAGUAUAGUUAAUGCUAGCAAAAUCUUCUCUCCAUAACAGGUACAAAGUGGUAAAAUGCCUCUUGUGUCAGAAUUCUGGAUAUGGCAAACUAUUUUUGAUCUGUUGGGACAUCCACUUACAAAAAGUUUUGCACAUUUUUAUACAUUUUACCGAGAGUGAUUUAGAACAGCACACCCCAAAGACAAUAAAGUGCUAUUUAAUCAACCAAAAAACUUUUAUGUGAAAACAUUAAUUCAUGCUUAUACACAUGUAUUUACAAGGAAGAGACAGGUGAAGAAUACACUAUCCAAAAUGAGCUCAGCUGAUCAACAUCUUGAUUUUUUCUUUUUUUUAACACAUAGGGGUUUAUUUACUAAAACUAGAGAGUGCAAAAUCUGGUGC